UGUAUGGCUGGUAUACCCUGGCAGCAGAGAUGGAAAUUGAACUAGCGAAGGACCGUAGCAGAAGGCAGCGCACUGGAAGACCGUACCCGGCCCAUUCUCCUGGGUGGCCCCCAAGGGACACGCCUAGACCAGAGGGAGGGAGACAACGAUCGACUGCGUGCUACAGAUGUGGAAAAGAGGGCCAUCGGGCAGCCGACUGUCGAGUGAAGUUGGUUCCAAGCACGACCCCUGGUGGUGGGAAGGAAGCAGUGAAACCAACUGCUAAGGCGCGAAAACCGGCAAAAGUGGAGGACGGCAUUGCCAAGAAGGGCACGCCCAUCCAGGAGGACCGCGAAGCGUCGACCGACACUGAUGACAGCAAAACCACAUCGGAGUCCGACGAAGACUUUCUGGACUGACGUCCUUGUUGCAGGAGGGCCGAAUGUCAGCCUCCGCUCUAAUCUUCGUAUACUUUUGAAUAGUUUAUAGCAGUAGAUAGAAUGUGAAAUGUUUAUGCUGUAUUAUCUAACAAUUAUAGGAAUCAGAUGUAUCAUAUCACUGUACAGGGUAGGGGAAGGGAGCCUAUUAUGAGUGUCGGCUGACAUAACCUUGUGGGGGGGGGAUUAACGGCUGAGGAUGAAUAACGCGGGUUUUUCCCAACUGAAACUGCAUUCCUCGAAUGACUGACAACUAGAGACCUGUGGAAGAAGAUUACCACGAGGGGCCGAGAAGGAGUUGGCAUUGGACCAGACCAGCCUGACCUCCUGAAGGAGGAGGGACAAUUGGGGGGGAUAUGAUGUGUUAGCCUUAUUCUGUCUCAGAUCCAACUUUAUACGCUGCCAUCAUGACUGUAGCUAGUAAAAGUACUUGUCUUUAAUUCAAAUGAAGUCAAGGUGUUUUCUUUCUUA